AUGGCCAUGGCUGAGCGGCCGCGGCCUGGGUGGGCCUCAUAUCCCAGCUCCAGCACCAACAGCUGUCAGGACCUGGGCAACUCCAUCCUGUUGCUAUUGGGUCUCAUCAUCUGCAUUAACAUUGGCAUCAAUAUGGUGACGCUGCUCUGGCGCAGACUCCGCGCCUUCUUACAUCGGGUGUUCCACGUCGUUUAUGAGAAAGAAGCUUCUAAGCCAGCCUCACCUGAGAAGCAGACCCAGCCUCCGAAAGAGAGCGCCCCUGCGGUCCACCUUCGAUGCACCAUGGACCCCGUGAAAAUGACCGUGACCCCCCCACCCACUCGCCGCCAUCGCCACAGGGGCUCCUCGAGGCGCCGGGCGCACCGCCCGGUCGCCUGGGCCCCCGACACCGACGACGACGAGAAGCCCCCACAUCGGCACCCAGCAGUCUGCUCCCACAACUGGGAUCACUGCGCAGACUGGGAAAGCUUCCGAUCCACCCAGGGGCUCUGGGCUCCCCACACCAUUCGCUUCCAGCAGACCGUAGAAGGAAAGCCCCUCAAAGGAGGGAUGCAGUCGGAGCUGGGCCUGGAGGCCUACGUGUACCCGGUGAACCCCCCACCCCCGAGCCCAAAGGGCCUGAGCCACGACAACUCCGGGGCGGGCGCGGGCGCGGGGGUGGGGGCCCAGGCCGAGCAGGAGCAGGGCACCCCUGCCCCUCCGGCCCCGCCCCCUGCCCAGGGCCCCGCAAUCGUCCCCGACCUCCCCGGGCGCCCCUCCUCGCGCCGCGUAUUGUAUGACGCCCGAGAAGUGAGGCGGCGCCUCCGGGAGCUGACCCGCGAGGUAGGGGCCCUGUCCCACUGCUACCCGCUGAUCUCCAAGUCCAGCAAUGCCGAGGGGACGGGCAAGGACUGGGUAUACCGUUCCCUGGCAGAGAGGUGACCGGGAGACAAAUAAAAGGAAGAGAGGA